CACGGAGCAACCAUAUUGGAUUUGCGAGUGAAAUGUCUUGCUGGAAGGAAAUGUCAACAAAGUAGCGAACUUGUUUUUUGUGUAGUAUACGUGUUCUUCUCGCAAAGUUCAAUCGUUAGAGCAGUCGGCGAAUCGACAGUUUUUUCGGCAAGCAUGAACCGUGCUGACGGGCUGGUUCAAAGGCGAAACGUCCCACGGGACACCUCGGAUGGGGCCCAGAAAGACACGACAGACGUGGACGAGAGGAGGUCAGCAGACCAAGAAGAAGAGCUCGAAGAUGGUGACUCCAAAGAAACGAGACUGACAUUGAUGGAAGAAGUCCUUUUACUUGGACUCAAGGAUCGAGAGGGCUACACGUCGUUUUGGAAUGACUGCAUUUCAAGUGGUUUGAGAGGGUGCAUUUUAAUUGAGCUAGCCCUUCGUGGGCGCAUUGAACUGGAGAAAGCUGGGAUGAGACGUAAAAGUCUCUUGAGCCGCAAAAUCUUGGUUAAAAAUGAUACCCCGACUGGAGAUGUUUUGCUAGAUGAAGCUCUGAAACACAUGAAGGAUACUGAGCCAUCAGAGGCAGUUCAAAGCUGGAUAGAGUAUCUCAGCGGUGAGACUUGGAAUCCUUUAAAACUGCGUUAUCAGCUGAAAAAUGUAAGAGAAAGAUUGGCGAAGAACUUGGUUGAAAAAGGAGUGCUGACAACUGAAAAGCAAAACUUUUUGCUUUUUGAUAUGACUACACAUCCUCUGACAGAUAACGUCACCAAAAGUCGACUUGUUAAAAAGGUGCAAGAUUCUGUACUUCUGCGGUGGGUCAACGACCCACAUCGGAUGGAUAAGAGGAUGCUGUCGUUAAUAAUGCUGGCCCACAGCUCAGACGUGUUAGAGAAUGCUUUCUCACCUCUCAACGACGAUGAUUACGACCUAGCCAUGAAGCGAGUGCGCGAGCUCUUGGACUUGGACUUUGAGGCCGAAAGCAUGAAACCCAACACCUGCGAGGUUUUAUGGGCUGUGUUUGCUGCAUUCACGAAGUGAAAAACUGGACACUCGUACGUCAACUCCUGCGCCAACACAAAAAUUGCAACAGCAAAUCAACCAACCAACAUGAUUCGUUUCUAUCCAGCAGCAGUGUCUUGUUUUCCCUAGUUAUGAUUUGCGUGUAAGAUCACUCUAUUGCUAAAUAUCUUUUGGUGUCAGUGGAGUUCAUUUUCUAAUCAAACCAGUCUGAUGCUUGGUUCGGGCGAAUUAACUGGCACUGGUCAGUAACAUUUGGCUAAAAUCAUCCACAUUCCAUUGCGUGUUGGAAACAAUAUUGUUUAUAUUUCAAUAAGUACAUGUAAAUUGUCUGCACUGGUUUAGAAGCCUUAAAUUUGGUUAAAAUUCAAAUGCAUCAAAUUCCUAUCAAAGCAGCUGCUUUUGUAAAUACAUUGCAAUUAAAACUGUUACAAAAAAACUUGGAAAAAUUGACUUUGCAAUACUUGUGCCCCCAGAACUUGUCUUUUUUAAUAUGAGUAAAUUGCAGUUCCUUGAAAAUGUGUUUUUCUAUUGUACUUGGACAUGGCUUUGUUAACUGUAAGAGAUGGUUUCAAUGAUUUCAUGAUUUCUCCUUUCUCUUAACUGUCAAUUUUGUAAUUAUUACUUGCAUAACUCAAUUACUGUCCAAUUCUGGAAUCUUCUAUUUCCUGAAAUUGUAAAUUGUGUUUAUAUCGGUCAUUUUAAAAACCCAAAUUUGAAUAGUGAUUCUACGAAAUUUUGCUGGUGCAAUAAAAUAUGACUUUACAAGCAA